AGGAACACUGAUACACAAUUCUAGUUGCCGAAUCCCUCUUGAAAUCAUGUCCCACACAUGUCCGCUAACUGAGUCUGAAUUCUGAAACAUUCUAUUUUGGGGAGUUAAUAAACAAAGAAUAUAGUAAAAAAUGAAAAGGUCCAAUUUUUUAUCUCAUGUUUAUCUUUGAUUGCAUAAUAACUUUCCUUUUGCUCAUUGCCAUAUUUCUUCCUCUUAGCAACAAAAAAAAAAAUCUUAAACAAUCUCUUCCAUCUUCAAUGUCUACCUCUACCUUUCUCAUUUCUCUGCUUGUUUUCAUCACAAACCUUACCCUUCUUCUUCUUCUAACCUCAGUUUCAUGCACAGAGUUCAUCUACAACACCAACUUCAACUCCACCAACACCCUUCUACAUGGCAACGCCACCAUAGAAUCUUCCAUCCUCACCCUUACCAACAGUUCCACCUUCUCUGUGGGUCGUGCUUUCUACCCUUUUAAGAUCCCCACAAAACCUUCCAACUCUUCAACCCCUUUACCAUUCUCAGCCUCAUUCAUUUUCUCCAUUGCACCAUUCAAAGACCUUCUCCCUGGCCAUGGCUUUGUCUUCAUACUGACAGCUUCUGCAGGCACCACUGGGGUGAACUCUGCUCAGCAUCUUGGCCUCUUUAACUAUACCAACAAUGGUGAUCCCAACAACCAUGUCUUUGGGGUUGAGUUUGAUGUGUUUGAUAACCAAGAGUUCAAUGACAUCAAUGACAACCAUGUGGGGGUGGACAUAAACUCUCUUUCUUCUUUUGCUUCCCAUGAUGCUGGAUUUUGGGGUGGCAGUGACAACGACGAGUUCGAGGAUUUGAAGCUUAAUGAUGGCGAGAACUAUCAGGUGUGGAUUGAAUAUUUGGAUUCUAGAGUCAAUGUCACAAUGGCUCCUGCAGGCCAAAAAAGGCCUCAGAGGCCCUUGAUUAGUGAAAUUGUGGAUCUUUCUGAAGUUCUUUUGGAUGAAAUGUUUGUUGGAUUUUGUGGGGCAACAGGGCAGCUUGUGGAGAGUCACAAGAUUUUGGCUUGGAGCUUUAGUAACUCAAAUUUUUCCAUUGGUGAUGCUUUGGUCACUACAAAUUUGCCUUCAUUUGUUCUUUCCAAAGAGUCUAUUUUGAGGUCAACAGGUUUUAUUGUAGGGAUCAUUGUAGGUGUUUUGUUUGUCCUUAGUGCUGCUGUUGUGAUAUUUGUGUUUUUUCUCAGAAGAAAAAGGAGUAAAAGAAAGGAUGAAGAAAUUGAAGAUUGGGAACUAGAGUAUUGGCCUCACCGUGUUAGUUAUGAAGAUAUUUAUGCUGCUACUAAAGGAUUUUCAGACCAACAUGUAAUUGGAUUUGGAGGGAAUGGUAAAGUCUACAAAGGGCUUCUGCAAGGAGUGCAAGUUGCAGUGAAAAGAAUUCCAUGUGACAGUGAACAUGGAAUGAGAGAGUUUUUGUCUGAGAUUUCAAGUUUAGGCAGGUUGAAGCAUAGGAAUGUGGUUCCAAUGAGAGGUUGGUGUAAGAAAGAUAGGAGCCUGAUUUUAAUAUAUGACUAUAUGGAUAAUGGUAGUUUAGAUAAAAGAAUAUUUGAUGAUGAUGAGAACACAAUUUUUGGGUGGGAGAAGAGAAUCAAGGUGCUGAAGGAUGUAGCACAUGGAGUAUUGUAUUUGCAUGAGGGUUGGGAGGUUAAGGUGUUGCACAGAGACAUCAAGUCAAGCAAUGUGUUACUUGAUAAGGGUAUGAAUGCAAGAUUGGGGGAUUUUGGACUAGCAAGAAUGCACAAUCAUGAGCAAAUUGCUCAUACCUCACAAGUGAUUGGAACUGUUGGAUUCAUGGCACCAGAACUUAUUCACACCGGGAGAGCCUCAACACAGACCGACGUUUUCAGCUUUGGAGUGUUGAUUUUAGAGGUGGUGUGUGGGAGAAGACCAAAUGAAGAAAACAAGCCUUUGGUUGCUUGGUUAUGGAGGCUAAAGCAGAGAGGAGAAGAGUGUUCUGCUCUUGAUGAAAGAUUAAAAAAGAGGGGUGAAUGUAACAUUGAUGAGGUUAAGAGGGUUCUUCAUCUUGGUUUGUUGUGCACUCAUCAUGACCCUCAUGUUAGGCCAAGUAUGAGAGAGGUUGUGAAGGUGCUUGAGGGAGAGAAUUUAGAUAUGAGCUUGCUUGACAAAAUAAAUUCAGCAGCUGGAUAUGUUGGGAGCUUUGUUAACAGAUUUCACCCCACAAUUAAGGAUAUUUACUCCUCCAACUGCUCUUUCUCAACUGUGUGUGACAAGGAAGGAAGAUGACUAGUCUAGAAUAUCAUUUGACUACUUGUUUCCAUUCCUUUAAUCAGCAUUAGUUGAAUUGUUUGCAUGAAAAUGGCAGUCUGUAUAUGGUUUAAAACUUUGUUCUAUUUGAUGUAGAUAGUACAUAUACAUAAUAAUAGACUCCAAUGUAAUUUUUUUUUUUUAAA